AUGGCCGACCGCGCGGCGGACGCCCGGGCGGGCGCGCCGCUCGCCCCCCCGGGCACGGUAUCAGAGGAGGCGCCCCCCGAGCGCCGCGCGGCCCCUGCGGCGCCUGGCCAGGACGCGCUGCGACGCGCUGGGGCGGCGGAGGCGCCGCCUGGCGCGCUCUCGCCCGUCGGGUCGGCGGGCGGUGGGCGGCCCUCUUGUGGCUCCCGCGGCUCGGCUGCGAGCUUCCUGCCAGGCAUCCUGCGCAGGCGCUCGUCCGGCUCGUCGUCCUGCUCCUCCGUGGGGCGCUGGCGCGCCUCGGCGGGCAGCGGCAGCCGGCGCGCCUCGCUAGGCAGCGGCGCCACCGUGGCGAGCGACGGGGCGUCGCCGCGGGCGGCCGCGUCGCGCGUCGUCUCGCAGGGCCUCCCCAGGCGCAGGGAUUCCAGGGUCCUGUCGCGGGCCCGCCUGCAGCGCGCCUUCACCACGGGCUGCGACGACCACAGCCCCGACACCUCCCCCAUGGGGCUGCCCGUGCGCAGGGUCAGGAGUGGCGAAGACCUAGGCGGUGUCGCCGCAGCGGGCAGCCAGAGCAGCCCGCUGUGGGGUCGCUUCCAGCGCAGCCUGUCGCCGAAGUGGAGGGGUACGGACGACGUCCGCGCCGCUCGGUCGAAGAUGAGCAGGGUCAGGAGCAUGUUUCGCUUCGGCAGCUCCCCAGGCUGCCCAGACUCCCCGACCUCGCCAGAUGUCGACUGUCACGGAGCAGACAGAGGCGUUCUGGCGACUUUGGGGAAGCGUGUCGGCUUCUUUUCGCCGGCGAGAAACAGUAUCCACGAGGUGACGCCGUACGCGACAAAGUAUGGGAUUCAUCCGGACUUCUUCGACUUCACUCGUAGGGGGGACAAGCGGCUGACUGACCAGGGCAUCGUGGAGCAGAUGCGGCGCAAAGAUGAGGGCCUAGAUCCGCUGAAGCUGGACGACUCCUCACCGUGA